AGAGGUACCAAACAAAAACAACAAGACAUAGACUUGGCCAAAGAUUUUUUUUAUACUCAACUUGAACAAUGUUUUUAAAUUUUAACUAAUGGAUCUUAGCCCUUUAAUUGUUGUUUACUUUCUCCAUUAAUUCUAAAACUUCCCUGCAAAAAACUUCAUUCUUCCAGUACUAUGAUUUCUUCCAUCUGGCUUCUGCUGUCCCUUCUAAUUCCUUUUUUUAUCACACUAAAAUCCAAUGCCGAUGCUCAACUAGUUUUCCGCUACCAUGAAUGUAACCAAGAUCGUGGAAACUUCUCCGAUAGCAGUGCCUACAAGAACAACCGUAACACCGUAUUACAACAAAUAUAUUCCAACAAAACAAUAGACUACGGUUUCUUCAAUUUCUCGUACGGCAAUAUAUCUGACAAAGUAUACGCAAUUGGACUCUGUCGAGGUGAUAUAGAACCAGUUGAUUGCCUUGGUUGCCUAACAACUUCCGCAGCACUUCUCACAGAUCGAUGUCCAAUACAAAAAGAAGCAAUUGGUUACUACGACUCGUGCAUCUUACGCUAUUCAGACCAUCAAAUUUUUGGCGUGAUGGAAACUAAAACCAGUUAUUUUUACAACAUCGAACCCAAGACAGUGGUCGAUGAUGCAUUUAGGCAAAGACUUAAUGUCUUGUUGGAUGAACUUAAAAACAAGGCUGCGGAUGGUGACUCGCGUAUGAAGUUUGCCGAAAAGAGUGUUAAAGUAAUUGAUAAAUCAAGUAGUAAUGAGACUAUAUAUGGUCUGGUACAGUGUACACCAGAUUUGACAAAGCAAGAUUGUACUAGAUGUUUGGAUCCUGUCUCCCAAGGUUUUUCAAGCAUCUGUGAAGAUAGGAAAGGUUGUUUGUAUCUUGGACCAAGUUGUUCAGUUAGAUAUGAUAUCAUUCCAUUUUUUAAAUCCUUAAGAGGAGUUAAAAAUGCAGGGUCGCCAGCACCACAGCCACGGCCACAGCCUUCAGAAACAAUUGUUAAUGCUCAUGCACUUCCUCCUACAACUGCGAAAGGAAACAGAAGGAAAUUAAGAACGGUCAUCGCUAUCGUUGUAGUAGUUGUGGCCGGCAUACUGCUUAUUGUUGCCAUCGCAAUCGUUGUACGCAUUUAUUUUGAAAGGAGAAAACCAAGACCCCAAUAUACGCCUGAGUUUGAAGGCCAAGAAAAAAAUGAAGAUGAAUUUGAAUCUGAAGCUGGUAAUGAUCUUAAAGUUGGUGAUUUGUUGCAAUUUGACUUUGAAACCGUCAGAUUAGCUACAAGCAACUUCUCUGAUGCAAAUAAGCUUGGUCAAGGUGGAUUUGGAACUGUUUAUAAGGGUAUGCUUUCUGAUGGACAAGAUAUUGCUAUCAAAAGGUUGGCCAAUAAUUCUAAGCAAGGAGAAACAGAAUUUAAGAAUGAAGUGUUGCUAACAGGGAAGCUUCAACAUAGAAACUUAGUUAAGCUACUAGGUUUCUGUUUACAAAGAAGAGAAAGACUACUAAUAUAUGAGUUUGUCACUAACAAAAGUCUUGAUUAUAUCAUAUUUGAUCCAAUCAAGCGUGCAAACUUGAGUUGGGAAAGACGCUACAAAAUCAUAAGAGAUAUUGGUCGUGGUCUUCUAUAUCUUCAUGAAGAUUCUCGAUUACAAAUUGUUCAUCGUGAUCUCAAAACAAGUAACAUUUUGUUAGAUGAAGAGAUGAACCCAAAAAUUACCGAUUUUGGCAUUGCGAAAUUGUUUGAUGCCAAUCAAACGGAUGGCAUGACUAAGACCGUUGUUGGAACUUUUGGAUAUAUGGCUCCAGAGUAUAUUAGACAUGGACAAUUUUCAGUCAAGUCAGAUGUGUUCAGUUAUGGUGUAAUCAUUUUAGAAAUUGUCUGUGGCCGGAAAGUCAUCGAGAAUCGUGGGGGGGAGAAUAUAGAGGAUCUAUUAAGCAUUGCUUGGAGAAAUUGGAAAGCAGGAACAACUUCAGAUAUUGUAGAUCCAUUAUUAGAACAAGGUUUUAAUAAGAAUGAAAAAUUGAGAAGCAUCCAUGUUGGAUUACUUUGUGUUCAAGAAGAUAUAGAUGUUAGACCAACUAUGAGUUCUGUUUUACAAAUGCUUAGUAGUACCACUUACCCACUUCCCGAGCCUUCUGAACCUCCAUUUUUAAUGCAACCCAAAAGGGCAUUAUCUAUAGCAUUAAGUGGCCAAUAUACAGGUUCCACAAAGUCAACUGAUUCAGGAUCAGGAAGUCAAUUUACUCAAGGAUCAACAAAUAUUUCCACACCUCUUGACUUGGAAACGGUGUUCGAGCAUAUGUUGAGAAGAUGAAGGAGAUGAAGAACUGACAUUGAGUUAACAGUUUUUUUUCACAAAACUAACAGAAAGGAUUAGCAUAUGUUUUAUGUCAUACAUAUUAUAUGGUCAUGCAACAGUUGUGAAAAUGCAAGAAUGGCCGGCCUAUUAAAAAAAUUCAUAUAAUUUUGUAAGUAUAAUAAAAUGAUAAAAUGUCGCAAAGACAAUUGAUACGGUAGAGUGUGGAUUUGAAUGUGUAAUGUUUUUACUCGCGGCAUUUAAUGUGUGUGAAUUUCGUAGUUAGACUUAUAAGAACAAAAAACUGCAACAUUGUCAUAUUUUCUUUCAAAAACAAUAUGGGGAAAAAGUUUGGAAGGAGCAGACAUUUGUAUCUGGUUAGCUGCUGCUACACGUUGUUAUUGCUUGAAUUAUUUUAGUGG